AAGACAACAUUUUGUAUUGAGAGUUUCUUGGAAAAGUCUACACCUCACUAUCUUAUAAUAAGCUUAAACAUAACUGGUAGCAACACCACAAAUCAAAGACCAUACCACAACACAAAAACUGAAAUACAUGUUGUGGCUGGAUAUAUGUAUAUUGCAUUCACCACAUGGAAGGUGCCUCUUCUUCUUCUUAUAGUUCAACUUCCACCCCACCAGGGUCAUGGACUUACCAUGUGUUUUUGAGUUUUAGAGGAGAAGACACUCGUAAAGGAUUUACUGAUCAUUUGUGUGCUUCACUUGAGAGAAAAGGAAUCACAACAUUCAGGGAUGACAAAGACCUUGAGAGAGGACAUGUCAUUUCACAACGCCUCCUCAAAGCAAUUGAACAAUCUAUGUUUGCAAUCAUAAUUCUCUCACCAAACUAUGCUUCUUCUACUUGGUGUUUGGAUGAACUCCAAAAGAUUGUAGAAUGUAAGAAGAACCAGGAUCUACAAGUCUUGCCAGUCUUCUAUGGUGUGGACCCCUCUAAUGUGAGGCAUCAGAGAGAGAGCUUUGAGGAAGCUUUCAAAAUGCAUGAGGAGAAAUUUGGACAAGACAGUGAGAAAGUUACAAAAUGGAGACAUGCAUUAAGACAAGUUGCGGGUUACUCUGGUUGGGACUCCAAGGAUCGGCACGAGGCAGCACUAGUAGAAAGCAUUGCUCAACACAUACAUAAAAAGCUGAUUCCUAAAUUGCCAUCUUGCACUGAUAACCUUGUUGGGAUUGAUUCAAGAGUGGAGGAAGUGAACAAGCUCAUAGGUAUGGGGUUGAAUGAUGUUCGCUUUAUAGGCAUAUGGGGCAUGGGUGGCAUAGGAAAGACAACUAUUUCUAGAGCAGUCUAUGAAGCCAUCCAAGGUAACUUCGAAGUUAGUUGCUUCCUUGAAAACGUUAGAGAGGUAUCUGAGACAAAUGGUUUAUUUCACAUGCAAAGACAACUUCUUUCUCGUUUAAAUAUUAGUAGUGGUGAUUUUUAUGAUUUAUAUGAUGGGAAAAAGAUAAUAUGUAACUCUUUAUGCAAAAAAAAGGUUCUUCUUGUUCUUGAUGAUGUAAAUGAAGCGAACCAAUUGGAGAAUUUGGCUGGUAAGCAAGAUUGGUUUGGUCCUGGAAGCAGAGUAAUAAUCACAACUAGAGAUAUGCACCUGCUAAUGACACAUGGAGUGCAUAAAAUUUAUGAGGUUGGAAGAUUAUUCCACAAUGAAGCCUUGCAUCUCUUUUGUUUGAAAGCCUUUAAACAAGAUCAACCUGAAGAAGGGUACUUGGAUUUGUCCAAAGAAGUGGUUGAAUAUACUAGAGGACUUCCAUUGGCAAUUGAGGUGUUGGGUUCCUAUCUUUUUGGAAGAAAUGUUGACAUUUGGCACAGUGCAGUAAAAAAAAUAAGGAGUGUUCCACACCCCAAAAUUCAAGAUAAACUGAAAAUAAGUUAUGAGGGUUUAGAUUCCAUGGAAAAGAAUAUUUUUCUAGAUAUAGCCUGUUUCUUCAAAGGAAUGAGGUUAGAUAAAUUGAUAAAUAUGUUAGAAAAUUGCGGUUAUUGUCCCCGAAUUGGAAUUGAAAUUUUGAUUGAAAGAUCUUUGGUAACUCUUGAUCGAUUGAAUAAUAAAUUGGGGAUGCAUGAUUUGCUUCAAGAAAUGGGCAGGAAUAUUGUAUUUCAAGAAUCUCCAAAUGAUCCUGGCCAACGCAGCAGGUUGUGGUCUCAAGAGGACAUUGAUCAAGUGUUGACAAUGAACAAGGGAACUGAAGCAAUAAACGGUAUACUUCUGAAACUCAAACCAUAUAGAGCACGCUGGAGCACUGAAGCCUUCUCAAAGACAACUCAGCUAAAGUUUCUCAGUUUGUGUGGCAUGCAACUUCCCCUUGGUCUCAGCUGUCUUCCUAGUUCCUUAAAAGUUCUUCACUGGAGAGGAUAUCCUUUAAAAACAUUGCCACUAAUACAUGAACUCAAUGAAAUUGUUGACAUCAUAUUGUCUCAUAGUGAAAUUGAACAACUUUGGCAAGGAAUACUGUUUAUGGAAAAGCUGAAGUACCUGAAUUUGACAUUCUCCAAGAACCUAAAGCGGUUGCCUAAUUUUUCUGGGGUUCCAAAUCUUGAAAAGUUAGUUCUUAAAGGUUGUGCAAGCCUAACUGAGGUUCAUCCAUCCCUUGUACACCAUGAGAAAGUUGUUCUAAUUAAUUUAGAAGACUGCAAAAGUCUUAAAGCUCUUCCAGCUAAAUUGGAUAUGAGUUCCCUGAAGGAGCUUAUUCUUUCUGGGUGUUCUGAAUUUAAAUGUCUUCCAGAUUUUGGGGAAAGGAUGGAACAUCUAUCAGUGCUUGCGUUAGAGGGAACAGCUAUAAGAAAACUACCCUCAUCACUUGGAUGCCUAGUUGGCCUUGAAAUUUUGAACUUGAAGGAUUGCAAAAGUCUACUAUGCCUUCCUGACACCAUUCAUGGAUUGAAUUCUCUCAGAAUUCUGAAUAUUUCUGGGUGCUCAAAGCUUUGCAGAAUGCCAGAGGGUUUAAAGGAAAUCAAGUGUUUGGAGGAACUCUAUGCCAGUGAUACUGCUAUUCAAGAACUACCUUCGUUCAUCUUGCAUUUGGAUGGUCUUAAAGCAUUAUCAUUUGCUAGGUGCAAAGGACCAUUGUCCAAGUCAAUGAAUUGGUUUCUUCCCUUCAAUUGGAUGUUUGGGAAUCAACCAACUCCCACUGGAUUCAGAUUACCACCUUCUGCCUCAAGUCUUCCCUCCUUGAAAUAUAUUAAUUUAAGUUACUGCAAUCUAUCUGAAGAAUCAAUCCCACGUGACUUUUUCCACUUAUCAUCACUGAAGUCCUUGGAUCUAACUGGUAACAAUUUUGUUAGUAUACCAAGCAGCAUUUCUAAACUUUCAAAGCUGAAAUUUCUUACGCUAAAUUGGUGCAAAAAGCUUCAAUUGUUGCCUGAGCUUCCAUCAAGUAUAAUACAAUUGGAUGCAAGUAAUUGUGAUUCAUUAGAAACUUCCCAAUUCAAUCCAUCAAAGCCAUGUAGUCUCUUUGCAUCACCUAUAGAAACUGGCUUACCCGAAGAAUUUAGGAGUUUUAUUGAGGGACGUUGUCUUCCCACUGCAAGAUUUGACAUGCUUAUCCCAGGAACCGAAAUCCCAUCUUGGUUUGUCCCUCAAGAAUGUGUUUCCUGGGCAAAAGUACAAGCCCCUACCAAUUGCCUGCUUGAUGAUUGGGUAGGAUUUGCUCUGUGUUUCCUAAUAGUAAGUUAUUCUAUUCCACCUGAAUUGUGCAAUCAUGAAAUUGAAUGCUAUUUGUUUGGACCUAAAGGUAAGAUGUUGGUCAGCACUAGGAGAUUACCUCCUAUGGAUCCAUGUUAUCCUCACCUUUAUAUUCUCUAUUUGUCCAUUGAUCAAUUCCGUGAUAAAAUUCUUGAAGAUGAUUACUGGAAUGAAAUUGAAUUUGCAUUGAAAUGUUAUUGCUGUGAUUCAUUGCAAAAAGUGAGAUGUGGGAGUCGUUUGGUGUGUAAGCAAGAUGUUGAAGAUUGGACAAACGCAAUUAGUCAAAUAAAUAAGAGUUGAAAAUAUUUGGAUUUCAUGGAGUUGGUCCUUCACAAUAACAUCAUCCAUUCCAGGGAUGACAUGGAGUUGCCAGUGACAUGGUGUGACAAAUGUGAUCUUCACAAAGAGAGAACUUUAGAAGCAAUAUCAGACAAAGACAGGAUCUUGUAUAUAAGAAAGUUUGGAUUGGAAUUCAUCUGGGUGGCCAAAUGAAGCUGGGCUUCAGGGUGGUAUUUAAGAUGCCACGGUGACUAGAGUUUAUCUAUGUUAGAUUCAGUCCAUGACAAUCUACAACUUGGUGUGGUUUAAAUUUGAAGUUUGAUUUAACUAUUUAAAUGAGAUCGUUUGCAUCCAUAAAUUAAUAAAAUAUGUUUGUAUGGAAUAUUUGUUCUAUAUUUAGGUACAAUUGAAAUGAAGUCCUCUUUU